AGAGUACAGUCACAGUCAGGUGGGUGCUGCCUUGGAAGACGCGUUUGCUUUUAUGGGAUUAAUUUAUCAAUAGUGUGGUCUUGUUCUUGAACAAAUAUUGUGUUCACACGGUGUAAGUUUCCGUUGUCAAAUCAUUUGAAUUUGGUGGAACUUUGAGUUGAUAAUGAAUCAUGACCAAUUGAUUCUCCUUCACUGAAAUCUCUCUCCAUCUUCAGUUCUCUUCUCUCAAUCAUUCAGAAACCUCUCAAUCAUUCAGAAACCACUCAAAAAUUCCUUCUCUCACAAACCUCUCUGAACCCAUAUCCUUCAGAUUUCUUCAGUUUGUACCUUACUUGCCCUGCUACUCUCGCUCUUUUACUUUCUUUAUUUCAAAUUAUAUUUUUGCCUAUUUCCGGUUCUCUUUAUUUUUAAAAAAAAAAAAUCCGUUUCAAUAUUUCUCAUUUCUUAAAAAGAAAAAAAAAAAUCUUUGCAUUCGGUUAUUUCUCGUUUACUAGAAUUUUUUUUCUUUUUACAUUUCUCUUAUUCAUUAUUAAUUUCGACAAUUGUGUUUACUCUUGUUCUGUGAUUUUUUUUCAUUUGCUGUACUUCUCAUCUGUUUUUCAAGCUUAAAAAAAAAAAAAAUUUAAAAUGGUUGAUGUUGCCGGAAGUAUUGGGGGUGUGUUGAGUCCUGUCCUUGAAGUUGGCAAGUGGUUGGCUGUUCCAAUUUGGCGUCAAUUCAAGUACUUGUACAACUACAGUACCAAUUUCAAAAAGCUGGAAAAGAAAGUUGAGGAGAUGACGAAUACAAGAAACGAAGUUCAGCAUAAGGUUACUGUUGCUGAAAGAAAUGUGGAAGAGAUCACACCGAGAGUUAAAGGUUGGCUGAAGGAUGUGGAGAAGACAAUUACAGAAGCAGAGCAGUUGAUUCAAAAGAAAGCAAACAACCCUCGAUGUUUGAACGGAUUGUGGUCCAACUACAAACAAAGCAAGAAAGCUUUCAAAUUAAUCCGCGAUGAUAUUGAUCUACUCCUCCAGCAAGAAAAGGAAUUCGGUGAAAUUUCCUUUGCUACUAUUCCACAAGAUAUCCGGCUUGUUCCUAGUGAAGAUUAUUUGGUACUCGAAUCAAGAACCUCCAUUAUGAAGAAUGUAUGGGAUGCAUUAAAUGAUGAGAAUGUGUACAUGAUUGGUGUUUAUGGGAUGGCUGGUACUGGGAAGACCACUCUUGUGCAGAAAGUUGGUGGGGAAGCGAAGAAGGAUGAAUUAUUUGAGGACGUUGUUUUUGUUGAGGUAACACAAAAUUUGGAUAUAGAAAAAGUUCAAACAAAAAUUGCCAAAAAGUUAGGCUUAAACCUCACUGAAGAGACUGAAAAAGCAGAUAAGUUAUAUGAGAGAUUGAGGAGCGGUGACAAGAUCCUUUUAAUUUUAGACAAUAUUUGGAAAGAAGUUGAUCUCAAGACUAUCGGUAUUCCUUCUAAAGCGGAUCGUGGACGAUGUAAACUAAUGUUCACAACAAGAGACUUAGAUGUAUUGCAGAAGAUGGGUUCUAUAAAUAAUUUCAAAAUGGGCAUUUUAGCAGAAAAAGAAGCUUGGGACCUAUUUGCCAAUAUGGCAGGUGGUGUUGUUCAAACAAGUGAACUGAAUUCUCUAGCGAAUGAUGUAUGCAAGCAAUGCAAAGGAUUGCCUGUCGUUAUUUGUGCUAUAGCUAAAGCUUUAAAAACCAAGACUCGUCCAGCCGACUGGAGAGCAGCCUUAAGAGAAUUGAGAGCUCCUUCACCAUCCAAGUUCGGAGGAUUCCUAGAAGAGGAAUACAUGAAAAUAGCCUUAAGUUACAAGUAUUUAAGAAAUAAUGAACUUAAGAAAACAUUUUUAAUUUGUAGUCUAAUGGAAAAUUAUGCUUCCAUUUCAGACCUGUUCAUACAUGUUGUGUGUCUUGAUAUACUUGAAGGAGCUAACUUGACAAUGGAAGAUGCACGUGAUCGACUGGAUUAUUUGGUUCAUGAGCUCAAAGAUGCUAGUUUGUUACUUGGCGAGGUUACAAACAAAUAUGUUGCUAUGCAUGAUGUUAUCCGUGAUGUUGCUAUGAUAAUAGCAUAUGUUGAUCAUCAUGUAUUUACAACAAAAAAUGACAUUGAACGAGAUUGGAAGAAUAGAGAUAAACUCAGGAAAUCCACAAGAAUCUCCCUCCUUGGUGAUAGUAAUAUUAUUGAUCGACAUUGGCCUGAUGAUUUGGAUUUUCCAGAUCUUGAAUAUUUGUAUAUGCCAGACUCUUGUUUCAAUUUCCCAAAUGACUUCUUCAAGGUGAUGCCGAUGCUCAAAGUUUUAAAUUUAGCUGGAUUGCACCAAUCAUCAUUGCCAUCAUCCCUUCAUCGUUUGGAAAACCUUCAAACAUUAUGUUUAGAUGAUAGCACAGUUGAAGAUAUUGCUAUUAUCGGAAAGUUAAAGAAACUGAAAGUCCUUAGCUUGAAAUGUUCAGAUAUUAAGGAGUUGCCUAUAGAAAUAGGUCAGUUGACUGAAUUGAGGUUAUUAGAUUUAAGAUAUUGUGACCAGUUGCAUGUUAUUGUGCCAAAUGUGAUAUCAAAAUUAUUGCAAUUGGAAGAAUUUCAUAUAGAGGGAUGCCCUAUUAAAUGGAAGGUUGAAGUACUCAUGGAAUUAAAGCGCUUGUCCAAACUCACGAGUGUAGAAUUGGAUGUCAGAGGUAACAUGGUGCUACCUGAAAGCUUAUUUUCCAAAGAGCCUAGAAGGUACAAAAUAUUAAUAGGAAAUUAUUGGGAGCGUACAAUCAGCUUAUUUCCAGAAUAUGGCGAACAUGAGAGGACGUUGGAAGUUAAUUCUAUCAAGUUACUAGAAGAAUUUAAUGUAUUCAAGAAUGUUGAAGUCUUAGGGUUGGCUGAAGUUUCAGAAGAUGAGAACUAUGUUAAGGAUUCAAAUUUUGAUUUGCAGUCCAGUGAAAUCACGCCUUUAUUUAAUGAAAAGGUUAAUUUUACCAAAUUUACAAUGUUGGUAUUGUACAAUAUUAGUUUGGGAAGGAUUUGGGACAGCCAAAUUUCAACUUUCUCUCAAAAUUUGAAACAAUUGAAGUUGGAAAGAUGUGGAAAGAUGACAUAUGUGUUUCCAUUUUCUAUAGCCAAAAGCCUCAGACAACUUCAAAGCCUAGAAAUAAUAGAUUGUGAGGUUUUAGAGAAGAUUGUUGAAGAAGAAGAAGGAGCAGAUUGGGACAGCCAAAUUUCAACUUUCUCUCAAAAUUUGAAAUGGUUGAAGUUGGAAAGAUGUGAAAAGAUGACAUAUGUGUUUCCAUUUUCUAUAGCCAAAAGCCUCAGACAACUUCAAAGCCUAGAGAUAAUAGAUUGUAAGGUUUUAGAGAAGAUUGUUGAAGAAGAAAAAGGAGCAGAAGUUGUUGUUAAUUCUAUCUUUCCACAAGUAAUCAAAUUGGUGCUCAAAAGUCUACCAAAACUUACAAUUAUCUAUCCAGGAAUACAUGCUUCAGAAUUCCCGAUGUUAAAAUGGUUGGUAAUACAAUAUUGUGAAAAUUUGACUUCAAGAUAUUUGGGCUUGCAAGAUGAUAACAAGAAAGGUGCACUUCCAAUAUCAGAGUCAAAAUUCCUCUGCUUAGAGAAUAAGAUCAACCACAAUUUGGAGGAUUUUGGAUUGAACGAUGAUGCGAGAUACAUUAGUUGGUAUAGUGGAAACAAAUCUCUUACAAUCCGUGAGGAUAACUCAGUAUAUAUUCCACUUGGACUCCUCCAAAGAUUUCAAAGUGUGAAAAAGCUUUUACUAUCUGCGUGUGAAUACAAAGAAAUUAAGAGUGUAUCUAAUCUUCCAAAUCUUGAAGAUCUAAGUGUACAGCACUGUACGAAAUUGAUGAGUCUACUGCCAUCUUCAGCUUCCUUACAGAAUCUUAAAGUUCUCGAAGUCGUCCGUGCAAAUGCAUUACUUACCUUAUUAACGCCUUCAACAGCUAGAAGUUUGAUGCAGUUAAGAGAAUUGAGAAUAAUUGAAUGUGAAAUGCUGCUUGAAAUAAUAGAGAAUGAGGGAGAUACAACAAGUAGUGAAAUUGUUUUUGACAAUUUGAAGUUGUUGUCACUUACAGACUUAGAAAGUCUCGAAUGUUUUUGCUUUGGGAAUUACUCUUUUAAUUUUUUAUCACUAGAAGAAUUAAUUAUAGAAGGAUGUCCUAAUUUGAAGACUUUUUCUCGAGCAAUGUUAAACACUCCAAAGUUGCACAAUGUCAAUUACAAGGAAAUAGGGAAUGAGGGGAAUGAUCUUAAUAAAAUCGUACAUGGAUUGUACAAAAAUAAAGACGAGGAAAUCUUCGUGGGUUUAAGUAUAAGGCAUUCCAAGAAGUUAAUUACACAGCGAUUUGCUAUGACCAAGAUCCAACUUUCUUCUAUCAAAAUUUGACACAUUUGAUGCUUUUGAAUUGUGGAAAUAUAAAAUAUGCAUUUCCACCUACCAUUGCCAGAACUCUCCACCAACUCCAACAACUAAAGAUAAGGGAUUGCAUGGCUUUAGAAGAGAUUGUUGCAAAAGAUUAAGGAGCAAAUGUUGUGGUCAAUUUUGUCUUUCCGAAUGUAACCAUAUUGAAGCUUGAGAAUCUACCAAAUCUUACAACUUUCUAUCCUGAAAUACAUACUUUAAAAUUGCCAAAGUUGAAGGAGUUGGUAGUGACAAAUUGUGACAAAUGUCUGAGCUACAAAAGCAGCAUUGAGGAGAGUGAAAUUGAUAGUUUAGAUCUAAAAGCAAUUUCCUUGGACAAUAAGAUCAACUCUCAUUUGGAGGUAUUUGAAUUACGGAAUGCUUCAGCAGAAAUUACUUGGCAAAAGCAAUCUAAAUCUCUUUGUAUCUCUUGGGAUUUGUCAGCAUAUAUUUCACUUGGACUCCUUCAGAGAUUUCACAAUCUGAAAAGGCUUCUACUAAAUAACUGUGAUUACAAAGAAAUUAAGAGGCCACUGCUACCUACACCUUUCCAGAAUCUUGAAGUUCUUGAAGUAAAAGGUUGCAACAAGUUCUUUAACUUAAUGACACCUUCAAUGGCUAGAAACUUGGUACAAUUGAGAGAAUUGAGCAUAUCAUCGUGUGACAGGCUAUUUGAAAUUGUAGAAAACGAGAGAGAUGCAACAUCAAGUAGUGAACAAGUUGUGUUUAACAAUUUGAACAAAUUGUCACUUAAAUAUUUAAAAUUUCUCUCAUUCUUUUGCUCUGGGAAUUACUCUUUCAAUUUCCCAUCUUUGGAAGAGUUAAUUAUAGAAAAAUGCUCCAAUAUGAAGUCUUUUUCUCAAGGAAUGUUAAGCACACCAAAGUUACACAAAGUCAAUUAUGAGAGAAAGGAGGUAGAAAAUGGAGGGAAUGGCUUGAAUUCAACUAUACAACAAGUACACAAAGAACAGGUUGACUCCAAUAUAAAGACAUUGGAAUUAAAUGGAAGGGAUAUAAUGGCGAUUUGGCAAGGAGAGUUUCAAAAGCACUUUUGCGAAAUAGAAACUCUUGAAUUGAUUAUGGAUGAAUAUACAUAUAUUCCGAUUCAAAUCCUUCAAAAAUUUGUCAGUCUUGAAAACCUUAUAUUGAAAGUGAGUUCAUACGAAGAACUAUUCUCGUUUAGAGAAGGUGAAGAGGACAUUGGAGUAAUCACAAACUUAAAACAAUUAGAAUUGUGGGGGCUUUUUAAUUUAAAGUGCAUUUCAAAGCAAGACUCACAACUAAAUUCAGUUCUUCAAAAUCUUCAUUCUUUGGAUGUCAACUAUUGUCACAAUUUGACUACUUUGCUGCUGCCUUCACAAUCUUUUGAAAAUCUAAGGACUUUGAAAGUAUAUCGUUGUAAUAAAAUGCAAAACUUAAUGACAUCCUCAAUAGCCAAAAGUCUAGUGUGUCUUGAAAGUUUGUCAAUACACGAAUGUGAAAUGAUGGUAGAAGUAUUAGCAACUGAGGGAGAUAUAGAGAAUGGUGAAAUUGUUUUUAAGAAAUUGAAGUACUUGUCCUUGGUUGGUAUGGAAAGUCUCACACACUUCUACUCUGGGAAUUACACCUUAAAAUUCCCAUUCUUGGAACACUUAAAUGUGCGUAGAUGUUCUAAAAUGAAAACUUUCUCUAGAGGAGGCUUAAGCAUGUCAAGGUUACUAAGGGUGAACUGGAAAGAUUGUUCAAGUGACCGAAAUUCAGUUACACAACAAUUACAAAAUGAUUGUGCAAGGUUAUAGGAAAGAUUCUCAUAGUAGCAAACUGCAAAGUCACAUGGUGUCUGUUAAGAAGAGAACGCUGAAAUGUAUUGCAGACUACAUUGUUGAUGUAACUUGUAAACCGGCUGGACUCAGUCACAACCAUGGAGCCAUAUUUAUCGUGUAAACUGUCUUGCUAAUUCUCAAAGUAUAUUCACUUCCACGUUUGAUUCUGAAGUUUCUAGUCUCAAAUCCAUGUUUCCUGCCUGUUUCCAUCUUCUGGUGUGUUUUCAGCCUUUUCUCUAUAAUUCCCUAGAGGUCUCUGGCUCUCUGUGGUUCUCCUUCGCAUCGGCCUAGCUUCUUCCCGUGAGUUCUUGGGUCCUGUGGAGGCGCCGUUCUGCUGCUGGUCUAUUUUGGCUUGGGUUGGCUCUCUGCAGCUGUUUCGGUGCUGAAAUCCUCUCCUGUUCUCUUGCCCUUGUCCUCCUCUGGAGUUGCUGAUUCCUGCAUCCCUCUCCGCUGUCAGUUCUCUCCUGCAUUGGGGUUCAUUGGGUUUGUUGGCAUUUUGCUCCCUUGCUGCUGCUGAAUUUGAGUUCUUGGCUACCAGUUCUGCUGGCACCUUCCUCCGUUUGAUGGUUGCUGCUUUCUUACUCCUUUCUCUCCCAGCUUCUUUUCUUUUCCCUCCUGGAGCAUUCCAGCAGUGUUUUUGCGUGGGUGGUUCUUGGUUGUGGUUCCAGUAAGUUGCUUCUUAGUGAAAUGGUUGCACAUUGGUCCAUUUCUGUAUUUGCUUCUGGUUCCUGGGAUGCUGCAUGCUGUAUCAGGUGUGUGCCGGUUGACGCUUCAUACUGUUGGCUGGGUUCUUCUUGCUGUCUUUGGCGUCCUGCCAUGGCUGGGUGUGCUGGGUUCAUGGUUAUUUUAAUUUCAGUUGGUCGUCUAAAGUACGCUUUCUGUCUUAAGUGGUUUGUUGUUGGUUUGCAAUUAAGUGAGAGUUUUAGCCAUUGGGCUCGUGAUGUCUUGUACUUGGAGUGUUUUUUGGCAAUCUUGUGGGAUGAGCUUAGGAUGUCUUUGUGCCCCCUUUCGGGUUUUUAAUAUAUAUAUAUUUACUUUCCAAAUAUAUAUAUAUAUAAAUAUAUAUAUAUUUGAGUUGGAAGUGUUUCUGCGUAUUCUCGUAUUGGAGUCCUGUGAUCUAGGAUGUAAAUUCUUGACUGCAAACCAUGAAUGUUUAUAGAAUACAGGCUAUUUUGUGUGCA